UCACAACAAUAACAGACUUGCCCUGCGUCGAGAGGCUUCCCUCUUCCCUUUCAUGCGAAUCAGCUUUCCACAAUUGUGGAUGAGAACCAGGCAGGGCUGAACUACACGUAAAGCAUUUUGGGAUCAAAAGCGAGAGCGAUCAAGUCAUAAGCGAACCACGACUGCGAGAGUGUCACUGCAGGCGAAAGGAGCACAGAGGGGCAUAAAAGGGCGCGACAGGGAGCAUCCCAUGCAUUCGUGACUUGCCAUGUCAUUUCCAUCUCUCUCCACAAAGCUUUUGAAUUUCCAAUCACAUUUCAGCUGCUUCUACCUGAUCCAAGUCCGGACCAGUGCCAAACAUGGCUGCUGCUACUACUACUCUUCCCACAUCCGCUGCGUCGGAGUAUCACCGUUCGGACGAUGCAGAAGCUUAUGCCAAGAACGCUGCUUUCGUGUACGGUGAUGAAGCAGUCAGACCCGUGCUGCAAUUGCUCAAUGCUCAGCCUGGCGAAAAGAUUUUAGACGUGGGCUGUGGCAAUGGGCAACUAACCAUGAGGCUCUCGCAUCUGGUCGGCUCGACUGGAAGGAUCGAGGGCACUGAUGCGAGUGCAAAGAUGAUUCAUGCUGCUCAGACCUCUCUGAACGCAGCAGACGAUCUGGUCAAGAGCAACACAACUUAUCAAGUCAUCGACGCGCACAAUCUAGACACGUGGCUAGACGCCGACUCUAACAGGCGCUUCGACAAGGCGUUCAGCAAUGCCGCGCUUCACUGGAUGAAGAAUGACCCGCGCAAAGUGGUUGCCAACGUCUACAAGUCUCUUCGGCCAGGCGGCAUGUUUGCCGCCGAGAUGGGCGGAUUCCUCAACGUCGUAGGAGUGCGGGGUGCUCUCCAUACCUGCCUGCGGCACAAAGGUCUGGAUGCGCAACAGCACGAUCCAUGGUACUUUCCCACUCUGCAGAGCUACAAGAAAAUUUUGGAAGAGGAAGGAUUCAAGGUGGAGCUAUGUGAGCUGGUUCCAAGACCCACGCCACUCCCUCAGUCAACAGGUCUGGAAGGCUGGUUAAAGACUUUCAUACAACCUUUCACGUCCGCCCUUGCGACGCAGCAAGAGCAGGACGAGCUGUUUCGCGAGGUCAUCGAGAUGCUCAGACCUGACUGCUACGAUGCCGAACAGGACAUCUGGACUCUGAUGAAUGUGCGCUUGAGAUUCAGAGCCGUCAGACCUGCCUCUUCCACCUAAGGGCAAAUGUCCGCAGCUCCGAGCUUCAUGCGUACCCCACUCUUGGAACACAAGCCUUCUCGCUGCUCGCGAGCGUAUCAAGCCGAGGAUCUGUUCCGUCUGACAUUUCCUGGCCUUUCAAAUCGAACCGUGAUCAUAUUCGACGCCGAGAGCGGCGCAACGCUUUGUAGAGGAACCUCGAUUGUGGAGUCCCAGAUAGCUAGCUCAACAAUUUCAAUAAUUUUGUAUGC